UUCUCUGUCCCCUGGAUGGGGGGAGUUCCAGCUCCCGCCGGGAGGAACGGAAGCGCGAGGGCUGAGGGUGUUACUCUAAAAGCCAUCCUCCGUUUCCAUGCCGGAAGCCGCCGGAAGCCGCCGGAAGCUGAGACUCCCGCAGCGGAAGAGGCGCGACUCGCUAUGUCCGCGAACAAUAUGUCGGACCCACGGAGGCCCAACAAAGUGCUGAGGUACAAGCCCCCGCCGAGCGAGUGUAACCCAGCCUUGGAUGACCCAACACCAGACUACAUGAACCUGCUCGGCAUGAUCUUCAGCAUGUGUGGCCUCAUGCUCAAGCUGAAGUGGUGCGCUUGGGUCGCUGUCUACUGCUCCUUCAUCAGCUUUGCCAACUCCCGGAGCUCUGAGGACACUAAGCAGAUGAUGAGUAGCUUCAUGCUGUCCAUCUCUGCCGUGGUGAUGUCAUAUCUGCAGAACCCUCAGCCCAUGACGCCCCCCUGGUGAUGUCAGCCUAGAGGGGUCACAUCCUGGACCCCUCUAUCCACCUUACACCCUAGGCCUGGCCUGUGGCUGCUCAGCCUCCUGCCCUCAGCUGCAGUCCUGGGCUUCCCUGGGUGAGGUAGUCUUGGGGCCUGCAGCUGGCUGGAAGGAACCUGGCCCUGUCCUUGGGAUCCCCCUUUGCUGGAGCAGAGAGGGGAAUCUCCUAGGCCUUCCCCUCCUGCCUUCCUUCCCCACCCUGCCUGCUGUUGGGGGAGAUACUAUCCAUGUUUCUAGGUGUAUCCACUCAUUUUCUUGUUGAAACCAGUUAAUAAAUUUUUGCAUUCUGG